AUGGAGACGGACGAGCCUCGAGUGGAGAAGGCGACGAAAGAGGAGAGGACGAGGCAGGGAAAGGAGAGCCAGCAAACUCCUGCACAGCGGAAAUUGAAGACCAAGAGCCAGUAUAGUGGAAAGAAAGCAAGCGAGCUCAGGAAAGCUCUUGUUACUUGCGCGUCCAUCGUGACGGAGCUGAUGAAACAUGACCUUGCGGGACCCUUCAGUCGUCCGGUGGAUCCUGAGAAAGACGAGGCACCGACGUACUACGCCGUGAUCGAGACUCCCAUGGAUCUUGGAACAAUCAUGCAAAAGUACAAAGAGAUGCUGCUGAUGCUGAUCUUGACGAUGAUGGAGAUAUUUCUGUUGUUGAUGAUGAUGGAGUACAGCAAUGCGCAAGAGAUGCGAGAAGACGUUGCCUUGGUGUGGUGGAAUUGCAAGCAGUACAACGGAGAGGGAAACUUUCUCAUGCAGUCAGCAAAGAUUCUAUCUCAGAAGUUCGACAACGAGUUUUCUCGCUCCAUCACUCCUCCCUAUCAUGUGGGUGUGGAGGAUCAAGAGACGAUGGCCGUUGGCCGCCGUGUCAAAGUUUACUGGCACAUGGACUUCGAGUGGUAUCCGGGCCGGAUUGAUUUCACGGACAACGGCAGAUUUCAUGUCAACUACGACGAUGGCGAGAAAGAGUACAUCACUCUCCCUUCUGUCGACGUUUGUUUCCUCGAUGACGAGGCAGACUCUGGCAAGAAUAAUGUAGCGAUGACACGAUCCACAAAUUCGCAGAGUGCUGCGCUCGUUGUUCACGGCAACCAUGUCAACAGCAACAACAACAGCAACAGCAACAGCAACUCAAGCAACAGCAACAGCAACAACAGCAACAGCAUCAUCGCAACCAACAAUCAUAGCAACAGCAGUCACAACAGUGCUGGCAAGUCCAAGCAGCCAUCCAAUUCAUUGAAAAUCAAUCACGGGAAAGCUGAGAAGAGCGACGAGAGUUGUCCGGAGAGCAUAACACCACACCCUGUCAAAUGCUCAUGUGAGCAAUGCUUUGCCUUGAACAAGAAUACAAUCUACAUCCCUAGAAAGCUCUUCAACGGCAAAGACACGUCGGAUCAUGAAUUGUCUUCGGCGAACAAACACACGUCUUCGCACAGGAAGAGAACGGCAGAAGAAUUGUCGACAUCGAGCACGAAGAAGAUCAAGAAAUCGGAAGCAGAAGAUGGUGCAGAUGUAACUAUCAAGGGAAACACUGAGAAAAAGGGUCCUCUGCGGAAUUGUAUUGAGAUUGUAGAGCGUAUGAUGCAAGAUCCUGAAAUAAGCUGUUCCUCCCAAGACAAGAAGGACAGUAAGGAGGGGACCUUUCUUAAAAGUUUUCAAGCAAUUGUUGAGAACUAUCGAUCUGGAAAAUAUUUCACAGCAAGAGAAGUUAGGCGAGAUGUUACUGAAGUCUGGCGGAGGACACUUGAGAACGACGGGGCGACUAGUGAAUCUUACAAGGUUGCAAAACGACUGGCGGAAAUGUUUGACAGAAGUUACAUGAGACAAGUUGGUAAGAAAAGCGUCGAUGAGGGUGCUGACCAGAGUCUUCAGAUCUUCUCCUCCGACACGAGAGACAAGAAGCUGGAGCACGGGAAGCAGUGGAUCGGAAAGAGAGUGAAGAUCUAUGACAAGAGUCGACAUGUGUGGGGCAAUGGAGCGUUGCUGUUCAUUGUUGUUGUUCGUGAUGAUGAUGAUGACGAUGACAUUUCAACGAUGCAGAUCCAACAAGUCAAGGAGGGCAACUAUGGUACCAAGUACUUGAUUGAAUGGCUUCCGUCCAUGGACGUGCAGGUCAUGUGGGCGAAGAACCCUGCGAAGAAGCAGGCGCAGUCCUCUCCAGGAGGAGAAGGCGUCGAAGGGACGGCAGGAAGGGGAGCAGCAGCAGCAGCAGCGAGGACCUCGUCUACGGCUGGGGGCGCUGACAGGCAAGAGGAGGCAGGACGGAGCAAAGAAGUGAAGAAGCGGGUGGACCAGAUGUCUGUUCAGGAUGUCAAGCAGUUCGUCUGCAGUGUCGGUCUCAGCGAAUACGCUGAAAGUUUGAUGGAGAAGCAGAUCGAUGGCGAUGCCCUCCUUCAACUCAGGUCAAUGAUUUCAUCUCACGAGGCCGGGGGGAUGCCCUUGUACCUCCUGAUAGCUCGUGACGAGCUGGGAAUCGACAAGGUGGGACAUGCGCUGAAGCUUGCUCGCCACAUCCUCCUCCUUAACGAUCGCACUUAG